AUGAAUGAGAAGAUUCGCAAAGGGCCUGUUGAUUCGCCAAUUGCUCAGUCAACUCUCUUGGGCUGGAUUGUCUACGGCUCAGUCAAUCCAACUGCUACGAAAUAUUCUGCCAAUUCUCUGCACGUGUCAGCCGACGAACAACUAACGGAUCUGAUCUCCAGAUUCUGGGACCAGGAAGAACCGCAUGAUGAGCACAUUCACUAUAGUGAGCAGGAGGACGAAUGUGAAGCUCACUUUAGAUCCACACAUUAUCGUCACCCAAAUGGGCGUUACGUGGUGCACUUGCCACUCAAGGACAAAGUAGAAGCACUUGGGAAUUCACUGAGAUCCGCACAAUUUUCACUGCGUCGGGUUUUGAAACGGAUGAGCACGGACACUACUUACAGUGACCUCUACCACAACUUCAUGUCUGAGUACGAGAACAUGGGUCACAUGAAACACAUUUCUAUGGCAGAUCUACCGGAACAACAUUGCUUCCUACGUCAUCACGGUGUCCUCAAGGAACAGAGCACUACUACAAAGCUCAGAGUAGUGUUCAAUGGAUCAUGCAACACCUCAUCAGGAGUUUCGCUGAAUGGGAUCUUACACGUUGGGCCAAAAUUACAAGUAGACAUCUGCGAUGUACUACUCCGCAUUCGUCGGUUUCCAAUACUUUUUGGAUCCGACAUCACAAAGAUGUUUCGGCAAAUUGACAUAGAUCCGAAGGACUGGCCGUUACAGUCCAUCCCCUGGAAGACCAAGGACAAUUCUCAGCAAGCGUACACCCUCACUACAGUCACAUACAGCACAACUUGUGCUCCUUAUCUUGCUGUAAGGACUCUACUGCAACUAGUAGAGGACGAAGGAUCCAAAUACCCGCUGGCAGUAGCUCCAAUGACUGAAACCCGUUACGUAGAUGACAUAUACGGGGGAGCUGACACAGAGACGGAAGCGAUUGCAAUCGCUAAGCAAACCAGGGAACUCUGUGCAGCUGGAUGCUUUCCAUUAACAAAAUGGUCAAGCAACAGCGCUCGGUUACUCGCUACAAUGUCACCAAAAGAGCAACCAGUGAACUCGCUACGGGAAAUCGGAGAUACUACGGUAAAGGUCCUCGGAGUUGGCUGGAAUCCUCACCACGAUGUAUUCCAGUUCAACUAUCACUUGCCUGAAGAUCCUCCAGCAACAAAACGGGCACUCUUGUCUGAAAUUGCUCGUCUGUAUGAUCCUCUGGGAUUCCUCGCUCCGAUCAUCAUCAAAGCCAAGGUGAUCAUGCAAGAACUCUGGCUUGAAAAACUGGGCUGGGAUGAUCAAUUGGCUCCGACACAACUCCACAAGUGGACGUUAUUUCGAGCGGACCUCACCAACCUUGCUAACCUCCGGGUGAACAGAUGGAUUAAUCUCAAGGAGAAUGUGUCUGCAGAGCUCCACGGGUUCUCAGACGCAUCCCAACUCGCUAUGGCUGCGGUGGUCUACCAGAAGGUGACGGAUCUUCAGGGGAAUUCGUCAGUUGCACUUUUAUGCUCCAAAACUCAAGUAGCCCCUCUGAAACCACUCACAAUUCCACGGUUGGAGUUGAACGCUGCCGUACUUCUCACCAGACUUACUCUCUACGUGCGAAAAACACUUAACUUGGAGCAAAUACCAAUCUAUUUGUGGACUGACUCUGCGGUAACCCUCGCUUGGAUACAAAGUCAACCCUCUCGCUGGAAAACUUACGUACGCAACAGGGUUGCAAAAAUACAGGACACUCUUCCUGGAAGCCGCUGGACCUUUAUCGCUGGGAAAAGUAAUCCAGCUGACUGUGCUUCGCGAGGACUGUCAGUUGGCAAACUGCUGAAACACCCGCUUUGGUGGUCGGGUCCAAAAUGGCUCAGCUUGUCCCAAAAAAACUGGCCAACUAUUGAACCGCCUGCUACGACCGCAACUCAUCAGGAAGAGAGACCAGGUCUUACCUUCAUGACAUACGCUAAAACAGAUUCACAUCCUCUGCAAAUUCUCUUAGAACGCUUUUCUCGCUGGGUUUCGCUGGUUCGAACGCUUGGAAUCUGUCUACGUGCCAUCAGCCGAAUGAAAAAGGUGCCACAGUCCUCACUAGCCACCCCGCUAUCCGCUGGAGACCUGGAACCCGCAAAAUGGCUACUAGUCAAAUAUACACAAGGCCAGUACUUCUCAUCGGAACUCAAGCUGCUUUCUGACGGGGGAUUCCUACCAAAAAAUCACCCACUCGCCAAGCUGACCCCCUUUGUUGACUAUCACGGAAUUUUGAGAGUCGGUGGCCGCUUGAAAAAUUCGCUAUUGGACAAUCAGCAGAAAAAUCCAGCGAUUUUGCCUAGAUACUCACUGCUGACGUCACUCCUCAUCGAUCACGCGCACAAACGGAACUUUCACGGGGGAACGCAAUUGACUCUGGCUGCGCUACGCCAAUCCUACUGGAUUAUUGGUGGCCGCGUACCAGUCAGAUCUCACAUCUUACGCUGCGUAGUCUGUGCUAGACACCGAGGUGUUCGAGCACAGCAAUUGAUGGAUGCAACUCUAAGGGCUGAAUUCGCAUCAGGAUCAAGAUCACUGGGAGAACUUUCACAUUUACUGGCUACAGAUGGCACAACCUGGAAGUUCAAUCCGCCUGGAGCUCCGCACUUUGGAGGUAAAUGGGAAGCUGCCGUCAAGUCUAUCAAAUUCCAUCUCACAAGAACUAUCGGAGAGCAUCUAAUGACUUACGAGCAGCUCACUACGGUUUUGACACAGAUCGAAGCCGUGGUAAAUUCUCGGCCUCUCGCCCCACUCUCGGAAGAUCCUGCCGACCUGGAACCACUAACUCCAGGUCACUUCCUCAUUGGAGAACCACUCACCGCUGUACCGGAACCCUCGCUACCUUCAACAACGGAAUCGACGCUAACUGGGUACAAGUUGCUACAGCAACUGUUGCAACAGUUUUGGAGACGUUGGAGCAACGAGGUGCUUCAACGUCAUCAGGGCAUCUCCAAAUGGCAUCGGGCGUCCAACGACAUCAAAGUUGGCUCUCUGGUGCUCCUCACAGACGAGCGGUUCCCACCUACCAAAUGGCCACUCGCUAGGGUAAUCGCUAUCCACCCAGGGAAGGAUGGACAUACCCGCGUAGUAACACUGAAGACAGCUACCACGGAACUGAUCCGACCAAUUGCAAAACUGUGUGUUCUGCCCAUUGAAGAUCUUGACGUCUCAGCCGUCAACCCGGGGGAGAAUGUUCAGUCAACACCCAAACUGCCCGGGCGAAGCGAAGUUCGGCUUACCCGCAGCAAGAAGGCAGCACUAAGCAGAGCACAGAUCACCCGACAAUCGAUAGCCAAUCAAUGA